AUGUCAGAAAAGGACCAAUUCAAGCCUGUAACAGUGGAUAAGCCUAUUCCAAUUUCCUAUGAUUUAGGUAAUUUGGCCACCUUCGAUCCUAACCCAUUGGAGAACGAUAAAUUGCAGAAUGAAAAUCAACGUGAAACGUAUUUGACAUCCGUCACUAGAGACAAUGUUCAACUUUUAAUAAACCAGAUAUUAUCUUUACCGCUCAAGACCACUACUGAUACACAAGGCUCGUCAACGGGUCAGAAUUCUACAAUGACUUUGAUACAACUUCCAGAACCAACUACCCCAUUACCAAGAGAAAAGGCAAUUCCUAAGCCGAAGCCACCAACUAAGUGGGAACAAUUUGCAGCAAGAAAGGGCAUCAAGUCUAAAGCAAAGGAUGGUAAAAUGGUGUAUGAUGAAGAAACUGGAGAAUGGGUACCUAAAUGGGGAUAUAAGGGUAAAAAUAAAGAUUUGGAUGAUCAAUGGCUAGUUGAGCUCAAUGACAAUGUUAAAGAGACAGAGAACGAGUUGAUAGACCCAAGAACCUUAAGUCGUGCUGAAAGGAAGAAGUUGGUUAAGAAGAACGAGUUGCAACAUAAGAGAAACUUGAAAAAUAGCAGUACUUAG